CACAAAAAAAAAAAUCAUUUAUGAAAACUUCACCAGCUCCUUCACUUCUCCUCUACAUUUCUCUCAUCGCUUCAUCACCAUUUCUCCGUCAUUUCUCCACCACUUCUUCAACUAUGUAAACUUCAUCUACUUUACGAGAUUCGGAAUCGAGAUAGCCAUUUUAAGGUCACGGAUUCGAUUGGCGGAAUUAAUGGCUAAUGCUUAAGCCUGCAGGAUAGAUUGCCUACAUUACACCCCUUGGUGUACGGUCCUUCAUGGACUCCCUCGACAUAAGAGAAGUUUUUAGUAUAAUGUAAAAAUUGCUUAAAAUUUGUGUUAAGUUAGAUUCUUUGGCCCAAAAACAAAUUUUCUUUUCGUGUUUGACUUUGUAAUGCGUCGAAUGAGUAAUCCUGUUAUGAAUUACAUCAUAUUGUCACAAGGAAUGGGUAUACCAGUAGGAAAAUUGGCUCUGUAUACUGUAUUCGGAGGAGUCAGACCUUCAGCGUGUGUACCGAUAACCAUUGAUGUGGGAACAAAUAAUGAGCAACUAUUGAAAGACAAGUUCUACAUUGGACUCAGACAAAAAAGAGCUACUGGCGAGGAAUACUACAACUUUCUUGAAGAAUUCAUGAAGGUUGUGAAGCAAAUCUACGGCGAAAAAGUUCUUGUACAGUAUGAAGAUUUUGCGAAUCAUGACGCUUUUGAGUUGUUGGUGAAAUAUGGUACCACACAUUUGGUAUUCAAUGAUGAUAUACAGGUAUGCUGCUUUUCUUUUGGCCUGAUCCCAUUAAUGCUGCAGGGGACAGCUGUUGUGGUACUUGCGGGGCUUGUUGCAUCGCUUAAGCUGCUUGGAUGGUCCUUAGUUGAGCAUACGUUCUUGUUCUUUGGUGCUGGAGAAGCUGGAACUGGUAUAGCUGAAAUCAUAGCACUUGCAAUUUCAAAAAAGGGUUAUCAUGGCGAUACGUCAAAGACCUUUUUCUGUGGUGACGUGAGUGAAUCCAUAAAGCGGCUUGUAAAGGUGACUGAGGAGUGCUUGCACUAUGGAAGUGCUGUUUGCAGAGAUGGUGCUCUUUAUAGGAAGAUAGGAAAGAGGAUCAGUGAACAUGCUGAAAAAUUUGGUUAUGGUGUUGUUGAUCGUUUUGUUGGACAUGGUAUUGGGACAGUAUUUCACUCUGAACCACUCAUAUUUCAUCACCCCAGGUGAUGUUCCAUGAACUGUUGCAAGUCCUUUCUUGAGUUUGGAUGCUAGUGAAGACUUUUCAUCAAUAAAAGCAAGAUUAACCAACAGUUUUCGUAGUGAUUUCAAGUUCCUUUUAAUCGUAAUGGUUGGGGUGAAUAAAUUAUUUCAAUAUAGCUUGUAAAACGAAUAGUACACUUAAUGAUAUAUUUUUGUGUUUGAAAUAUGUUUUAUUUCUUAAUACUAAUAUGUCCUUUUAGGUUUGGACUA